AACCUGCAGCCUUCCAGUUGUGAGGAGAAAGAGGAUCCGCAAUGCGCCCACUCGUCAUAAACGACGCCGAGGCCGAAGCUUUGAAGCGGUAUCUCUCACCAAGCCGUGGGAGCAAGUGCUGCGCUAACAUCAACGCGGACUCUUUUUGUUUUUUUCUUCUUGAAUAAAAUGGGUUGUUCAUGGCUAUGCUCUCCAUUCCCAUGGAGCUUCAAGAAAAAGAACCAUCGAGAACAACAAGCACCUACGAAUAGUCCACCACUCAAUCAAAAACCAGAGUCUACGAUGGGCAGCGCACCCACCGAACUCGAUUGUCUCAUCAUCGGCGCGGGCUUUGGCGGACUCUAUCAGCUCAAGAUCCUCCGCGAUGCAGGCUUGGAGGUCAAGUUAGUGGAUGCGGCGCCCAAGAUAGGCGGUGUUUGGGCGUGGAACCGCUAUCCCGGCGCUCGUGUAGAUGUCGAGAUGCCAUUCUACGGCUACAGUGAUUCAAAGGUGUGGUCUACGUGGAACUGGACGGAGAGAUUUCCUGCCGCCAGCGAGCUUUUGAGCUUCUUCAAGCAUGUGGACAAAGUUUGGGAUCUUAGCAAAGAUAUCAAGCUGAACGUGGUGGUCGUUGGUGCAACGCUCGCGAAAGAUGCAGACGCCCAUCCUCUCUGGGUCGUUACCACAGCAAGCGGAGAAAUCUACCGGGCACGAUAUCUCGUAUGCGGCACUGGAACUUCAUUCAAGCCGUAUACACCCAAGUUCGAGGGCCUAGAGACCUUCCAAGGCGCUGCCCACCAUUCGUCACUGUGGCCAGAGGAUCUUGAUAUCACAGGCAAACGGAUUGCUGUGAUUGGUGCCGGUUCGACAGGUGUCCAAGUUGUCCAGGAGGGUGCCAAGGUGUGCCGCAAAGUAACUCAAUUUAUUCGCUCACCGAAUAUCGCAUUGCCCAUGCGCCAGCGAACUGUCACGCCCGACGAAAUCUAUGCUUAUAAACCGGUGUAUCAGCACGCCUUUGCAGCCUGCCGAACCACAUAUUCUGGACUACCUGCUGUCAAUACUGGCGUGGCAACAUUCGACGUCACAGAUGAGAAACGCCGUGAAAUGUGGGAGGAAGGCUGGGCUCGAGGUGGUUUCAAUUGGUCCCUUGGUGGUUUCAGUGACGGCAGCUUCGACAAGAAGGCCAAUCGGGCAGCGUAUGACUUUUGGGUACAAAAAACACGCCCACGAAUCAAGGACCCAAAGAAGCGAGAUCUCCUGGCACCGCUGGAGCCGCCGUACUAUAUCGGCACCAAGCGGCCGAGUCUCGAACAAGAUUACUAUGAGAUGGCAGACCAGGAUAACGUGGCCAUUACAAACUCGCCUAUCGUGCGGAUUACCCCCACUGGAAUUGUUACUGAGGACGGACAAGAAGAAGAGUUUGACAUUAUUGCUAUUUGCACUGGGUAUGACGCGGUCACGGGUGGUCUUAUGACGAUGAACAUCAAGGGCGAGGAUGAUGUCUAUUUGCACGAUAAAUGGAGCUCUGGUGUAUCGACGCUGCUCGGCAUUAUGACCCAUGGCUUCCCCAACAUGUUUAUGCUGUAUGGUCCCCAAGCGCCUACAUCCUUGUCCAAUGGGCCUGUAUUCCUGGAAAUGGAGUGUGAAUGGGUUCGAGAUGUCCUUGUACGCCUCCGUAACGAGAAGAAAGUGACAAUUGACGCCAAGGUCGACAAAGAAGAAGCAUGGCGUGAAUUGGUGUUGGCGAUAGCAGAUAGGACACUGGUUACGCAUACAAAUUCCUGGUAUAUGGGCGCCAAUAUACCGGGCAAACGGCGCGAGUUUCUGCUCUACAUGGGCGGGCUAAACAACUGGAUCACUGCGUGUCAAGAGGCCAUCAAAGACUGGGGGUCUUUUAAUGUACAGUGAUUUUGUAUGAUUUUGUAUGCGAGUACAAAGGAGAAUAGAGACUUAAUGCUCUGGUGGAGGAACCAGAAAGGAAAUUUUUGAAGUGGAUUCUAAUUCUACUAUAUCUGUGUACCGUUAUUGGCUUCACUAUAGUUAAGAGCCGAAUCUUUUGGUUUUAUACAUAUAGGGCACACAUCUUUCUCUCCAAGUCCUUCUGUUGGUUCAAG